AUGGGGGGAUGGUACUCCAAGCUGUCGGCAUUGGUGUGGUCAAAGAAAGAGAUUCGAAUUCUGAUUCUAGGACUGGAUAACGCGGGCAAGACUACCUUACUAUACAGACUAAAGAUUGGCGAAGUGGUAACGACAAUACCAACUAUUGGCUUUAAUGUGGAAUCAAUUGUAUUCAAAAAUUUAAACUUUAACGUUUGGGACCUGGGUGGCCAAACUUCCAUACGUCCUUACUGGAGAUGCUACUACUCAAAUACAGCAGCCGUAAUAUUUGUUAUAGAUUCGACUGAUAUUGAUCGACUUGGCACAGCCUCUGAUGAGUUAGCGGCAAUGUUGAACGAGGAUGAGCUUAGGGAUGCCGCGUUACUAGUGUUCGCGAAUAAGCAAGACCAACCUGGGGCAAAGGGAGCUGGUGAGAUCAGCGAAGCCCUAAAGCUAGGCGAAUUAAGAGACCGGAACUGGAGUAUAGUGGCAUGUAGUGCUGUAGAUGGGAGCGGCGUGGAUGAGGGCAUGGAUUGGCUUGUGGCAAGAAACGGUAAAGCAGGAUGCUUAGGGGACAAUCAGUAA